AGGGAAGUUUGUAGAUCUAGGCAUGUGGCCUGCUAGGAGCGCCUUUGGCUUUUCUUAGGGAUGGCUCUUGCUCACCAGAGCCUCACAAAGAUAAUCGCUCAGGAAGUGUUUCAGCCAAUCCGGGGCCGCCUUACACUCCGAUUUGCCGGGGCAGCCAAUCGGGGAUGAGCUUUUAUUAGGCGGCCAGAUCAUCAAGCCGAAGUGCCAAACCCUUUUUCUGUGAGAACUAGGAGCCUGUCCUCCAUGUUUUAUAAGUAUUGACAUUACACAGUGUUAACAAUGCAUCCACAGAGGGUUUCUUCACUUGAAACUACAUUGUUCAGCCUUUUUUCCUGACUUCUGUUGAUACAGAGUGUUCUUCUGCAAGCCAGCCUACAGCCAGCAAAUGUUUCUGAAAGUGUUUUCUAGGCUUUGGAGGAAGUUUUUGGAGAAGGGCUGGGGUGGGGGGGGGUAGGGGGGAGAGAUAUUGGACAACAUCCUGCAAUAAAUCUGUGAGGACUCUUUUUGAAUCCCUUAGCUUUCUAUUCUUGCAUGAUUUUCAAUGAACUAAUGUAUCUUUUAUCCUUGUUUUCAUUUUCCUUUCCCUUUUUUACAUUGUAUCAUCCUCUGUCCUCCUGUGUGAUAGAGUGCAGAGGAAAUAAAAUCAUGUCUGUGGCUCAUGACAGCAUUCCAUAUUCAGUUGUUGGGUUGUGUUGUUGUGUGUGUGUGUUUUUAAUAAUCCCAUGUAACUGUUUAAAAAAAUUUCCUUUUUGAUCAAGUCCCAAAUCUGCCAGCCUGUUCUCUCUUCUUAACUGUGGAAAAAUGAGACGGUUGCUUGAACAUUUGUUGGCUUGGCUGAAGAGGAAAUAAAAACAGAACAGGAGGUGGUUGAGGGCAUGGAUAUCUCUACUCGCUCCAAAGAUCCUGGCUCCACAGAGAGAACAGCCCAGAAAAGAAAGUUCCCCAGCCCUCCGCAUUCUUCCAAUGGUCACUCGCCCCAGGACACGUCAACGAGCCCCAUUAAAAAGAAAAAGAAACCCGGCUUACUGAACAAUAGCAAUAAGGAGCAGUCAGAACUAAGACAUGGUCCGUUUUACUAUAUGAAGCAGCCACUCACCACAGACCCUGUUGCUGUUGUACCGCAGGAUGGACGAAAUGAUUUCUACUGCUGGGUUUGUCACCGGGAAGGCCAAGUCCUUUGCUGUGAGCUCUGUCCCCGGGUUUAUCACGCUAAGUGUCUGAGACUGACAUCGGAACCAGAGGGGGACUGGUUUUGUCCUGAAUGUGAGAAGAUUACAGUGGCAGAAUGCAUCGAGACACAGAGUAAAGCCAUGACAAUGCUCACCAUCGAACAGUUAUCCUACCUGCUCAAGUUUGCCAUUCAGAAAAUGAAACAGCCAGGGACAGACGCAUUCCAGAAGCCUGUUCCACUGGAACAGCAUCCCGACUACGCGGAAUACAUCUUCCAUCCCAUGGACCUUUGUACAUUGGAAAAGAACGCUAAAAAGAAAAUGUAUGGCUGCACAGAAGCCUUUCUGGCUGAUGCAAAGUGGAUUUUGCACAACUGCAUCAUUUAUAAUGGGGGAAAUCACAAAUUGACACAAAUAGCAAAAGUAGUCAUCAAAAUCUGUGAGCACGAGAUGAAUGAAAUCGAAGUAUGUCCAGAGUGUUAUCUAGCUGCUUGCCAAAAACGAGAUAACUGGUUUUGUGAGCCUUGUAGCAAUCCACAUCCUUUGGUCUGGGCAAAACUGAAGGGCUUUCCAUUCUGGCCUGCAAAAGCUCUGAGGGAUAAAGAUGGGCAGGUGGAUGCCCGUUUCUUCGGACAACACGACAGGGCCUGGGUUCCAAUAAAUAAUUGCUACCUCAUGUCUAAAGAAAUUCCUUUUUCUGUGAAAAAGACUAAAAGCAUCUUCAACAGUGCAAUGCAGGAGAUGGAGGUUUAUGUGGAGAACAUCCGAAGGAAGUUUGGGGUUUUUAAUUACUCUCCAUUCAGGACACCCUACACGCCCAACAGCCAGUAUCAAAUGCUGCUCGACCCCACCAACCCCAGCGCCGGCGCCGCCAAGAUAGACAAGCAGGAGAAGGUCAAACUCAACUUUGACAUGACGGCGUCCCCCAAGAUCCUGAUGAGCAAGCCCAUGCUGAGCGGGGGCACGGGCCGCAGGAUCUCCUUGUCGGAUAUGCCUCGCUCCCCCAUGAGUACAAACUCCUCCGUGCACACGGGCUCCGAUGUGGAGCAGGAUGCCGAGAAGAAGGCCACGUCGAGCCACUUCAGCGCGAGCGAGGAGUCCAUGGACUUCCUGGACAAGAGCACAGCUUCACCAGCCUCCACGAAGACAGGACAAGCCGGCAGUUUAUCUGACAGCCCGAAACCUUUCUCUCCUCAAGCAUCAGUGCCAAUCACGACGAAAACGGACAAAACGUCCACCACUGGAAGCAUCCUGAAUCUUAACCUGGAUCGAAGCAAGGCCGAGAUGGAUCUGAAGGAGCUGAGUGAAUCGGUCCAGCAGGCCACGCCUGUUCCGCUCAUCUCUCCCAAGCGGCAGAUUCGCAGCAGGUUCCAGCUAAAUCUUGACAAGACGAUAGAGAGUUGCAAAGCACAAUUAGGCAUAAAUGAAAUCUCAGAAGAUGUUUAUACGGCCGUAGAGCACAGCGAUUCGGAGGAUUCUGAGAAGUCAGAUAGUAGUGAUAGUGAGUUUAUCAGUGACGAGGAGCAGAAGUCCAAGAAUGAGCCAGAAGAGGCAGAAGACAAAGAGGGCAGUCGGGUGGAUAAAGAGCCAUCUGCUGUCAAAAAAAAGCCCAAACUGGCAAACCCAGUGGAGACUAAAGAGGAGCUGAAAAGCACAUCGCCAACCAGCGAGAAGGCAGAUCCGUGUUCUGUCAAGGAAAAGGCAAGCCCCCAGCCCGAGAAGGACUUUUCAGACAAAGCAAAACCCUCGCCCCAUCCCACAAAGGAUAAACUGAAGGGAAAAGAUGAGACGGAUUCCCCAACAGUCCAUUUGGGCCUGGACUCCGAUUCAGAGAGCGAACUUGUCAUAGAUUUAGGAGAAGACCAUUCUGGGCGGGAGGGUCGAAAAAAUAAGAAGGAACCCAAAGAACCAUCUCCCAAGCAGGAUGUUGUAGGUAAAGCUCCACCGUCCACCACGGCAGGCAGCCAGUCUCCCCCUGAAACGCCGGUCCUCACCCGCUCUUCCGCCCAAACUCCCACGGCUGGUGUCACGGCCACCACCAGCACCACGUCCACGGUCACGGCCCCGGCCGCCGCCGCCACAGGAAGCCCGGUGAAAAAGCAGAGGCCGCUUUUACCGAAGGAGACUGCCCCGGCCGUGCAGCGGGUCGUGUGGAACUCAUCAAGUAAGUUUCAAACGUCCUCCCAAAAGUGGCACAUGCAGAAGAUGCAGCGCCAGCAGCAGCAGCAGCAGCAGCAAAACCAGCAACAGCAGCCUCAGUCUUCCCAGGGGACGAGAUAUCAGACCAGACAGGCUGUGAAAGCUGUCCAGCAGAAGGAGAUCACGCAGAGCCCGUCCACCUCCACCAUCACCCUGGUGACCAGCACUCAGUCGUCGCCCCUGGUCACCAGCUCCGGGUCCACGAGCACCCUCGCCUCUUCAGUCAGUGCAGACCUGCCCAUCGCUACCGCCUCCGCCGACGUUGCCGCGGACAUCGCCAAGUACACUAGCAAAAUGAUGGAUGCAAUAAAAGGAACGAUGACAGAAAUAUACAACGACCUUUCUAAAAACACUACUGGAAGCACAAUAGCCGAGAUUCGCAGGCUGAGGAUCGAGAUCGAGAAGCUUCAGUGGCUGCACCAGCAAGAGCUGUCCGAGAUGAAACACAACUUGGAGCUGACCAUGGCGGAGAUGCGGCAGAGCCUGGAGCAGGAGCGGGACCGGCUCAUCGCCGAGGUGAAGAAGCAGCUGGAGCUGGAGAGGCAGCAGGCGGUGGACGAGACCAAGAAGAAGCAGUGGUGUGCCAACUGCAAGAAGGAAGCCAUCUUCUACUGCUGCUGGAACACCAGCUACUGUGACUACCCCUGCCAGCAGGCCCACUGGCCCGAGCACAUGAAGUCCUGUACCCAGUCAGCUACCGCCCCUCAGCAGGAAGCAGAUGCUGAGGUGAACACAGAAACACUAAACAAGCCGUCCCAGGGAAGCUCCUCCAGCACACAGGCAGCCGCUCCAGAAACGGCCGGUGCCUCGAAAGAGAAGGAGACGCCAGCUGAGAAAAGCAAGGACAGUGGCUCCACCCUCGACCUUUCUGGCUCCAGGGAGACACCCUCCUCCAUUCUCUUAGGCUCCAACCAAGGCUCUGUUAGCAAAAGGUGUGACAAGCAGCCUGCCUAUGCCCCAACCACCACAGAGCACCAGCCGCACCCCAACUACCCAGCCCAGAAGUACCAUUCCCGGAGUAGUAAGUCCAGUUGCUGGAGCAGCAGCGACGAGAAGCGAGGGUCGUCACGUUCCGAGCACAAUGCCAGUACCAGUUCGAAGAGUCUCAUCCCGAAAGAGUCUCGGCUGGACGCCUUCUGGGACUAGGGACAGAUUACGACACAAGCCACCCACCCCGUGGAGGAAAACAAAACCAGACACCAGGAAAAUGGGAAACAGUAAAGAAACGUGAGACAGGAGAACAGCCACCUUCACACUUGAGAAUUCCAAACAUGCAGACUUGGCCUUGGCGCCUGGCGCGGAGGGCAGCCUACACUACAUAGCAUUCAGCAUUAGCUUCGACUGAGGACUGUGCCACCCACAUGAAACCUAUGCUUUAGAUGUAAAUACUGUACAAUUUGUGGAUGUCAUUGAACCUAGAGUACCUUCCCCUUUUUAUAUUUGUAUUGACUUUAACUUAUAAAAAAAAAAGAAAAACAAUUAAAAAAAACCCAACAACAAAAUGUUUUGAUGUUGGAGAAGGGUUGGUCAGUCAGCCCAUCUGUCGCCUGGUGGCAUGGAGCCUGGGCCCUGGGGUCACUCGUCCCUGGAUGCCCAGGGGAAAGAGCCGUUGUCACUCGUAUGUCUGUACGCAGCACAUUGGGGUCAGGAGAUCGGCACAGAUCCUGUGCUGUCGUGGGCACGUCACAUCAAGCCAUUGGCCCCUUUCAAAUACUAUGUUAUGAUGUUACAAAGUGCAGGCUCUCUGGACCAGAAGGACACGUGGAGAAGCUAGUUGUCUUUGUGUGAUUUCGAUGAUGACUCUACUCCUAAAAGGGAAAAAAUAACGUCCUUGUUUACAGAAGGCAGAAACGAGCCCCGCUCAGCUCAGUGGCAGGAAGAGAAGAACGGAGAGAGUGUUCGAGUCAUAAGCUUUGAAACAAAGAGAAACCUUUUCUUUGCUUUCUGGUUCCUUUCAACACACUCAUACACACUUGGUAGGAAGAGAUGCUCUGCUUCUCAGAAGCAAGAACUCAAAAGCAAGACGCACGCAGAGGACAUUAGAGUCUGGGAUGAAGCAUGUCUGUAUUAUUUAUAUGAUGGAAUUUUACGUUUUUCUGUACGCAUGAAACAAAGGCAGUGUGAGAGAAAGCCAGACACCCGCCAUGCUGUCUGUUACACUACGUAUGCUGUAGUCCCAUCUUGUAUGUUGUGUAAAACAAAAAGCAUUGAACAAAGCAAAAGGUGAUGUAUGUAUAUGAGAAAAUUAAUUGUACGAUAUCAUUCCAGUACCUUUGGUUGUACAUUUUAGUCUUGUUUCCUUUCUCUUCAUUGUUGAUAAGAGGAUGCGAACUGUACAGUUUCCAGCUAGUUACCCAUAUUAGAGAAGAAAUAAAAAGAGAAUAUUAGAAGAAAACAGGAAAGAACAUUUGUGAAUUGCAGUUGUCAAAAAAAAUAGCCUAGCUGGCCCUAUUUGUGAAGCAUAAUUGCUUUUAGCAUAUGGAAGUAUUUUUUCACAUUUUCUUUGUAUAAAAUUUGUAUUAAACUUAAA